AUGAAGGCUUACUGCCUUAGUUCCGGCUUCAAUGCCACUGAAGCCCAAGCACCCAGUCCCCAUGUCAAGCCUACAAAUGCUUCGCUCACUGAAGGAGAUCAACCACUCUGUGCAACAGAUAGCCUUAAAGGCCUAAGUUAUACCAAUGCAAUGGCAGAGGGCAAUGGCACCAAGUAUGUUCAGGCCGGCGGCAAAUCUACAUCGGCGGGGACGCAUACGGAUACGAAAACAAUAUCCAAUCGCUUCCACGGCUGCUCGAUGCGAAGAUCAAAUCAAAGCAAGAACAUAGAUUAUGCAAUUUCAACAGUGGCGCACCAAGUUCACAAACUAAGAUCUCUAGCACAUAACAGCACAUGCAAAGGCACAUGCAAUGACACCAUAUGCCAAGGGAAGGGGAUAUUUGUCUAUGAUCUGCCUCCAAAGUUCAACAAAGAAGUGCUGGAUGGAUGUGCUAAAAUCUUCCCAUGGAUGAAUUUUUGUGGGCACCUCUCCAAUCAAGGCCUUGGGCGCCUAGUCCACGAACUGGGUUCGAAUUGGUACGCGACCAACCAGUUCUCGCUCGAGCCGAUCUUCCAUUCGCGGAUCAAGAAUCACCCUUGCCGGGUUCUUGAAGAAGAAAAGGCCUCACUUUUCUACAUACCAUUUUAUGCAGGAUUGAAUGCAAUGAAGGGCAAUUCCCAUAAUUCCCCAGUUCAUACUAAGGACCAGCUUGGAUUGGAGCUAGUAGAGUGGAUGAAGACCAAGAAGUCAUGGGUCAAGAACCAGGGAAGAGACCAUUUUAUAGCUGUGGGCACUAUCUCUUGGGACCUUAGAAGAAAGACUAAUGGUCAGGGCUGGGGAACAAACUUAUUGGAGCUUAAUGAAAUGCAAAACCCAAUUAAACUAAUAAUAGAGCGCCAACCUUGGCACAGUAAUGAUGUAGGGAUUCCUUACCCCACCAACUUUCACCCUACCUCUGAUCAGGACAUCAUCAGUCUACAAUCCAAGCUCUCUGAAUCCAAACGGAAAACUUUGAUUAGUUUCGCCGGCAGCGGGAGACCGAGAAUGAAGAAGAACAUCCGCAGGAUCUUAAUCGAGGAAUGCAUGAGAAACUCUAGUGUUUGCACAUACCUUGACUGCAAGUUAGUUGAUUGUGUGAGCCCAGGCACUGUGGCGAAGCUUUUGAUGGAGUCAGAGUUUUGCCUGCAGCCUCCAGGUGACAGUCCGACAAGGAAAUCGUUCUUUGAUUCUCUGGUUUAUGGUUGCAUUCCUGUUGUAUUCGAUCCUUUCACGGCGCACUUCCAGUAUUCGUGGCACUUGCCGGAGGACUGCCGGCGGUACUCGGUUUAUAUAGAUCAAGAGCUAGUGAAGCAGGGGAAGGUGGAUGUCAUGAAUGUUCUCAGUGGGAUCUCGACUGAAGAGAGAAGGAAGAUGAGAAGAUACAUAAUUUUUGAGCUCAUGCCGCGAAUUAUCUACGCGAAUUAUGACUCGAAACUUGUGAAUUUUCGGGAUGCCUUUGAGAUUUCUAUUGAUAAUAUGCUACGGAUGGCAGCUUGA